AUGGCAUCACCCUACAAUGUCUUCAUCGCAACACCACUAACAUUCCUGAUGGAAUGCAAUAACCAUCGUCUUUAUGUCCAUCAUACGGGCACAGGUGACUUCAUCACCUUCCACACCUUCGUCUUCACUUGGGACAACCUGAAGAUCGCAUGGCACCUCUACUCGGAAGACUCACCUCACCGUGUCUUCAGUCCCAUUCGUUUCGUGGACAAGGAAGAAGGCGUCGAACACUACGAGAUCGAACUAUUCAGGACGUUCUUCAAUCAAGUUACCUACAGAGAUGUCAAGACACCUCAUGAGUUGAUGCCGGUCAUCUUCCAACCCCUCAUCACCAUGAUCGAGUGUCCUAGAUGGCUCACCGAUGGGGUGGAUGAACUGGAGGCAGUUCGCUAUGAAGACAGAUCCAUCUCGCACUGGGCACCUACUGGUUUCCAUCCUCAUCACCAGGAGGAUCUCGAUGAUUGGGAGGUCGUACAUCACACCACCAUUCUAGUCUAUAGCUGA